GUGGAACUGACUGUUCGCGCGUGAGCAUCUCCCGACCGGCCAAUGUCAUGCAGUUGAGUUGACGUGCUCCGAUCAAACGAGCGUGCUUCAUAAGCUGUUCGUGGACGGCGUGUGGAUAACUGACAACAGCUUAAAGUGAAAAUAAAAAUGUGGUGGGCAGAGGUGUCGCUCACGUUGAGUUUGGUGCUCGCAGCUCUCGACGAAAGUUGCUAUGCUUUUAAUCUAGAACCUCGGUUACCUCUCAUAUACGAGGAUCAAGAAGGCUCGUACUUUGGAUACUCCGUCGCCGCGCACAUGAUCAUCAACAACUCGAGUGACAAUCGCAACCGAGACCGAAAACCAAGGAUCAUCGUCGGCGCCCCGCUGAAAAACAAUAGGGGCGAAGUAAUGUCCUGCGACAUCUUCGGAGAUGUCGGAAGGCGUUAUAAGGGAAACCACCAUUGCGAGAGCCUUCCACUGAAGCCGUCCUCCAGCUCUCAGUCAUUCGAAGGCAGCGAGAAUGCUACCGGCAUGUGGCUCGGUGUUUCGGUCUCUUCGGGUCAUGAAUACGGAGUGCUGACGUGCGCGCAUCGUUUCACUAAACCCGAUCUGGGUGGAGAAGGCAGCUCUACCGACCCGCGUUCCGCUCAGCAAUUAGGAUUAGGAGUAUGCUUCAAGUAUACAACGAAUCUCGCGUACGAGGAUAUCCGGAUGCCCUGCCAAGGCAAAGCCUACAACAAAUAUCAUCAGGAUUUCGGACUUUGUCAAGCGGGAACCAGUUGCCAUCUCAGCAAAGACUUCAAUGUUCAAUCGAUCGGAGUCCCUGGCGCGAAAACGUGGCGUGGAGCCGUUUACGCUUUCCAAAGCAGAUACACCAACGGUUUCCACCGAGAAUGGGUGGCAACCCACACUGACGCAGAUAACCCUGUAGAGAACUAUGCGUAUCUGGGCAUGUCCGUUACGACGGGGCAUUUCUUCGACAAGUUCCAGCACGCCUGGGCGUCCGGCGCCCCGAGAGCUAACGACACGGGCGCGGUUCUGCUCUUCGAGAAGAAUCGCGCGCCCAACACCAAUGAACUCGAGUUGAAUCGAACCCUCGUCGGCGAACAAGUCGCAUCGUCAUUCGGAUAUGUUAUCGCAGCCGUCGAUAUCAAUCGCGACAAGUUCGAUGACUUGAUUGUGGGUGCACCAUUCUAUUUCGAAGACGGUCUCGGAGGCGCCGUAUACGUCUUCAUGAACGAGGGACCGCCGAAAUUCAUUUCCCCGAGCACUAAGCGACAGAAAAUCGUCGGGAAUCAAGAGGAAUCCAGAUUUGGUUUCGCCAUCACCGGGAUGGGUGAUGUCGAUCGCGACGGGUUUAACGAUGUCGCAAUCGGAGCUCCGUACGAGGACGCCGGGGCAGUUUAUCUGUAUCUGGGAAACAGCGAGGGUUUGAGCCCUAGACCCUCGCAGAUCAUUCGAGCAUCGGAUCUCGGCAGAAGCAGGAUGCUGUCACCGCCGACGACGACGUUCGGAUAUUCCUUGUCGGGCGGUGUCGACCUCGACAACAACAAAUACCCCGAUCUCGUGAUUGGAGCCUACGCUUCAGAUAGGGUUUUUGCGGUAUACGCGAGGCCCAUCAGGGACAUCAAGGCCGAACUCCAGUACAUAGACCAAAUCGACCCCACGGCCCGUAAAUGCAUGUCGAGCAGCGAAGUCUGUACCUCGUUCGAGGUGUGCCUCACAAGCCCAUCUCAGUACGGCUACCAAUCAGGGGGUUUGGAGAUCAUUCAGAGAAUCGAAGCCGAGACUUUCUUAGAACACAAGAAAAAAUCGAGGGUAAUCUUCAAGGAAGCGAAGGACACAGACCAUCCACACAUAUACGAGAGGAAAAUGAGCCUAUCAACCUCGAGCCUGUGUACGAAAGGAAACCUCAUCCUCGUCGAUCGCUCAGACAUCCAUAACACGAUUCGACUGAAACUCACUUUGAACAUCGUUGACGAUAUCGAUGAACUAUCGAGGUCGAGCACUGAACAGGUCGUGCUCAUCGAUCGCUAUCCCAUCCUCAAUCAGAAGCUCGGAACUCUCAUCAUCAAGGCGAACUUCAUCAAGAACUGCGGAGAUGAUGAGAUCUGCGAGUCGGCACUUCACACGAAGGCCCUUAUGAAUUUGCCGCAGGAAAAAGGAGAACACGUUUUUUAUCUUGGCACCGAGGGGCUCAACAUAUCGACAAUUAUCGAAAACACCGGAGAACCCGCAUACGACGCCGAUCUCAUUGUCGAACACCCGAAGGAGUUCUCUUUCAUCGGUAGAGCGGUUUUGUCAAAUAAAAAUGUACUCGACUGCGUCGAGGAGAGGAACGACGAGGACAACCAAGGAAAAAGUCUCGUUCGCUGUGACCUCGGGAACCCCAUGGAGAUCGGGGAAAGAAUCGAAUUACUCCUGAAAUUCAAGCCCGAAAACGAGGCUGAUGAGUUGACUAGCGUAAAGUUCACCGUCAGGACUUCGACCUCGUCCAGAGACACCAGGAACCAGGCUCCCAUAGAGUACAAUGUCAACAUAGUUCGAGCCGCAGAACUCGAAAUCAAGGGCAAAGCAACGCCCGAGCAAGUGCUCUAUGGCGGUCAAGUCAUUGGAGCUUCGGCGAUGAAGUCGGAAGUAGAUAUCGGAAGUGAGGUCAUGCACGUUUAUUCCGUCUUCAACUACGGGCCCUACCUGGUGCCCGAGUUCUCGGUGUAUCUUCGAUGGCCUCUGGAGGUUGAGAAUAUGCGCAAAAACGGGAAAUACUUGCUUUAUCUGACCGAUAUGCCCCAAGUGAGCGUCGGUAAACAGACGACAUCCUGUCGCGCCCUCAAACCGGACUCGAUCGAUCCUCUUGGAUUGAGGUCGGCGAGCAAGCCGCUUGUCGCAACCGAGGCUCCGAAGGCAGCCGCGUCGAGGGCUCAACCACGAGUUCAGAAAAAAUCCACCGAUCCUGCUCCGAGGCGAACCACCACGACCACGACCGAGAUUCCGGAUACGGCCAACGAAGAUUACGACGAUUACGGUGACUACGAUGCCCCGGAAAAAUCCACGACCGCGAGAACGAUAUACUCACGAAAAUUCGUCCACGAACGAAACUACACUCGCCAGAUCUUGACGAGAUCGAAAAGAGACGUCAUCGUUCCAGCCGAAAGCGUUAGGGUCGGCGGACGAAUUAGGAGUGUGGUAUCGAUGCGGUGCGGCGUGAACACGCGAUGCGUCGAUUUUGUCUGUACAGUAACGAAUCUGAAAAAGCACACAAGAGCCCUGAUCUCGAUCAAGGCUAGGCUGUGGAACGCAACCUUUGUUGAGGACUACCCCCAAGUUGACCAGGUGAGCAUCUUCUCAUCGGCGGAGGUCCGUUUGGAUCCGGACGUCGACAUUCGGCAGAAUACCACCAAUGAUUACGCUGAAGCCGAGACCAAGGCGGAACCAGACGCCAGUCUCUACCAGCGUUCCGAAGGUUUCCCUUUGUGGGCAAUCAUUCUAGGUGUCCUGAUAGGGAUCCUGUUGUUGGUGGCGAUCAUCUACUGUUUGUACAAGUACGGCUUCUUCAAGCGGAACCUUCCGAGCAAUGGGCAGUACCAAUCUGUGUCGCAAACGGAGAAGUCUGAAUUAACGCAAUUCGGUCAAUAUCCUGACAAUCACUACAACUAGGGAACAAGUGCCUCGAAGUCUCCUCCGCAAAGAAGCACACGAGGAGGACUAAGAGAGGAGGGAGAUGUGGGAUUUCCCUCGCCAGAAUCGGUCUUCCUCCCCAGUUGAGACGACAGUCGAGAGUCAGAAGCGCUCACUUUUGAUCGAAACAGAGAAAGGUGCCAAAAAGCCAAGAGUCACAACUCUAUCCGAGGUGCAAUGCUUUAAAGGAGGCUCGUUAGCAUGACUGUACAUAAGUAAGAACGGAAG